AUGGAAAUCAACCUCGAUGGUUCGCACAGCGACAUAGACAAACACGAAUUUUGUCUGGGGGCUUCAGCUUAUCAAGAGGAACUACCGCACAGGGCAUCAAUUACCCUAGCUACGCCACUGGAUCAAGACUUUGUAACAAAUGAAAUGCUACACAGAUUGCAGCCCGAAGGAACAAAAGCCUCAAAAAUGAAGUUCAACAAAGCAGUAUCUGGAUCUCGUCGCAAAAACAGGGCUCGCCAUUUCAAUGCUCCUUCUCAUAUUAGAAGGAAAAUAAUGAGCUCACCUCUUUCCAAAGAACUUCGUGCAAAAUACAAUGUCAGAAGCAUGCCCGUUAGAAAAGAUGAUGAAGUUCAGGUAGUGAGAGGACAUUAUAAAGGUCAGCAGCUGGGCAAAGUUGUUCAGGUUUACAGGAAAAAGUUUGUAGUUUAUAUUGAACGCAUUCAAAGAGAGAAAGCUAACGGAGCUACAGUUCAUGUUGGCAUUCAUCCAUCUAAAUGUGUCAUUGUCAAGUUGAAGCUGGACAAAGACCGUAAGAAGAUUCUUGAAAGGAAAGCCUUUAGCAGAACUAAAGCAAUGGCAGAGAAAGGAAAAUACACUGAAGAAACAAUGGAAAGUUAAUGACUGCAAAUAUAUUAAAAUAAAUCUUUUGAAAUUUA